AUGUCAAUAAUGCAUCAAUCAUUGAUAUCUGAUGACGAGCAGGAUCUACCUUCACUUAUAAUAGAGUCACAAAACACCCUGCCGUCUGACAAUCCUUUUGAUCGUGCUUAUAAUCAAGUUGAAGAUUAUGAUAACGAUUAUGAUGAUCAAUCAAGUGAUUAUGCAAUUCCAAGCAUUGAAGAACUUGACACAAAAUCUCGUUUAUUGGAUCAGUAUAAAGAAGAUGUUCAGGAAAUGAAAAAACGAUUAGUUUGGGAUUUAACCUUUGCAUUAAAGCGCAAUUUAUGUUCCCAGAAUAACUACAAUGACUAUUCAACAUCUUUUGCAAAUGUUCCAAUUGAGUUUAUUAUAUCAAAACUUGAUGAAGAAAAUCCCCAGCCAAGUCAAUGGAUUUCAUUCAUAAUGCGUCAUCUUCUUAAUUAUGUUUGA